AGGUAGUAUCAAGGCAAGUAAUUUUUCUUUUUUUUUCUGUGUGGCUUUUUUGUUUCCUGAAAAAGUGUUGUUUUUUCCCCCCCCAAAAAUUAUGUUAUGUAUGGAGUAUGCCAUUAGGCUAACAAAAGGAUGAAGGAUGGAUGUAAACAAAUCCCACGUCUGCAUCCGCUGCCCACAGAUGCUGCUGCUGCUGCUGCUGAGCAACAGCGUUCUCUUCUGCGUUACAUGAGAUGAGACAUCCUAUCAUUUCUGCUACAAGGAUGAAAUAACAUGGUUGCAAAGGGGUUUCUCACUCUAGUCAGAUAGACAAUUGAGAGAAAAGGAGAGUUGACACAACAGAGAAGUCGUUUAAGACACAGAUGCAAUGUCUGCAAUGGCAGAAAAGAUUGGGGCAAAGGGUUAAAAGAUUACCCAAAAAAAGUGGGGGGAGAGUUUGAAUGGCAGCAGGCGUAGAGAGAGGAGGAAGACCACAGAGGGCUACGCUGCGGUAGAAUGAGGGUCAGAGAGGAAGCGCGCUUGAGUUGCCAGCCUUCUGCACCCUGCUCAGGAGUCAUCGCCGCACUCUCCUCUCUCUGAAGACGCUACAAGAGGAAUCCACGGUGGAGGCAAGAAGGAGACGUCGGCGGGGGGUUGAAGAGGAGGAAGCCAGAGGUUCUACACACAAAAUGGCUGCUGUGUCCUCUGCCUCUGACACUGUUUCAGCAGGGGACGGCAGAGGUCGUCACCCUCCUGAACGCCGGCUGCUGAUCCUUGGGGGCCCAAAAUCUGGUAAGACCUCUUCAGCCAACACCAUUCUGGGAGAAGAAAUAUUUGACCCCGGGACAGAGACUACUCACAGCAACGUGGGUCAGACAGAGAUCUUCGGACGUCGGGUCACUGUGGUAGACACGCCCCCGUGGGUCGUCCCUAGUGACCCGGAGGAUGACACCGAAACGGAUGAUAAUGGAAAUACUGGCGCAGAGUCAGAGAGCCUCCCAAGACCCCCACCAAGCCUUGACAGUGAGGGGCCCUGCAUGGGGGCCAUCCUCUGCCCACCUGGACCUCACGCAAUUUUGCUGGCGGUGUCGGUCACGCAGCCUUUCACUGAUAUCGAGAGGAGAGCCGCGGAAGAGCAACUUGGGGCCCUUGGAGGCGGAACGUGGAGAUACUCCAUGGUGCUCUUCACUGGAGUGGACAAGUUACAGAAAGGAGUCUUCAUUGAAGAGCACAUUGCAAACACAGGAGAGGCCCUGCAGUGGCUGGUGGAAAGAUGUGGAAGCAGGUACCAUGCUUUUGAUAACAGCUGGAAAGACACCGAGGACAAUACACAAGUACCUGAGCUGAUGGAAAAAGUGGAGGAAAUGAUCACUGACAAUCAAGGCUGGUACUUUGAGGUGAACGAGUUAAUUUUGCUGGAGGAAGAGCAGGCCAGGAGAGCACUGGAUGAGGAGAGGAUGAGGAUGGAGGAGCAUGCUCGGCAGAGAGAGCAGAUGAUCGGAGGUCCUCCCAGAGAGCUAAGGUUGCUGCUGUUAGGCUGGAAGGGUGUUGGAAAGAGCUCCGUGGGGAACGCCAUCUUGGGCCGUCGGUUCUUUGAGUCGGGCCAGGAGACGGACCUCUGUCUUCGCAGGCAGGCACUAGUGUCCGGUCGGCGAGUCACCAUAGUCGACACCCCGGGUUGGGAUUGGUUUUCAGUGCGGCGCACACCGAAGCGCAUCCGUCAAGAGUCGCAGCGUGGUGCCGCCCUUCUGCGACCGGGACCCCACACGCUGCUGCUGGUUCUCCCGGUUGUCUCCUCCCUCACUGCCAGGAAAAGAAGAACACUUUUGGCUCACAUUGAGACUCUUUUUGGGGACAGCGCCUGCCUCCACACCAUGGUGCUGUUCAGUUGUGGCGACUGGCUAGGCCGCACCCCCAUUGAGGAGCACAUACUCAGAGGGGGACGGGAACUGCAAAGACUGCUGGAGUAUUGUGGGAACUAUUACCACGUCUUGGACAGUAAGACCCCUGGCAAGGACAGGAGUGUCUCAAACCUCCUGGAUAGGAUCGAGGAGAUGAUCAGGGAGAACGGGGACAAAGCCUUCCUUCCUGUCCAGACCGAGUGGUUGAGCGAGGAGAGCUCUUACUCAUCGGACAACACUGAGCCCGAGGAUGACUGUCGAGGGUGCCAACUGCAGUGAUGAAGAUGAAAGCAAAGAGGUCAUGUGCGUGUUUACUGUUUUUCUGCGUCCAAUUGGACCAAACCUAACCUCAUGUACCUCUAACCUCGCCUAGCUAGCACGCGAAUAAAGAGGGGUGAUUGUGAGUAGAUCUGAGAUAAAAACACUGGUGGAUAUUGGAUGAGGAUCACAUUUGAGCACUCUUGUUAAAGAAAUGUUCCAUGAAUAUAUUUACAGAAAAAGAUGCUGCAGCAAAGUAACGGAUUACCCUUCCCUAUAACCUUAUGUUGCAUCCAUACACUGUCAAGAUUUAGAGUUGAAAAUGUGAUGAAUCAUAAAGCCGCCGAGCGCAUCUUAAGUCUAAUCCGCUUCACUUAUGUAGGGAUCUGUCUAAAAUGACAUUAUCUGAACAACACAGCUUGAUGUCUCACGUCUGCUAAAGGACCAAGGCCUUGUCCACACGUAGCAGGGUAUGUCUCACAAAAAAGACACAUGUUCUACUGUUUGACCUAUCAUCCAUAUGCAAACGCACAAUUUGGGCAUUUAACUGAACCUCCAACCAGACUGAAGAUUUGUGAAUUCUGCGUGUGUACAUAAAUAAUUGCAUUGUCAAUGCCUGUGGCGAAAUAUGUCAUUUACGUGUCCUGUGUUUACCAUCAGCAGCAAUGCGCUUUAACUCACAAAGGUUUUGACGCUACUUCUAGACCAGGUGCUGUUCUAUUAUCUUUUCCUUUCCUCAUCAGGCAUGUUCUCCUUUCAAGUUACCUAUGCCGCGUUAGCAAUCUGCAGAUUCGGCACUGAAUGAUAAAAUGUGAAGUUGUUUUUAAAUAAAUGUCUUAAAAAGUCAGGCGUCAACAGUAGUGGUGUGACAAUAUAUCGACCUAGUGAUAUACUCAAUAGGUUAUCGAUAAGAAUUGUAUCGUUUUAAAAAGAUAUCACUGUUUAGCAAAGGAACCAAAAGGCUGCUACUAAAUUUUUCCAUUAGAAUAGUGUCUAUAUAACUGUAACUCUUCGGCUACCAUUGACGACACUCAUUCAUUCAUUCAUUUUCCAUGCCGCUUAUUCCUCACGAGGGUCGCGGAGGUGCUGGAGCCUAUCCCAGCUAACUUCGGGCAGUAGGCAGGGGACACCCUGAAUUGGUUGCCAGCCAAUCGCAGGGCACAAGGAGACACAAAACCAUUCACGCACACACUCACACCUACGGCCAAUUUAGAGUGUUCAAUCAGCCUACCAUGCAUGUUUUUGGGAUGUGGGAGAAAACCGGAGUUCCCGGAGGAAACCCACGCAGGCACGGGGAGAACAUGCAAACUCCACACAGGAAGGCCAAAGCCCGGGAUUGAACCCUUGAUCUCAGAACUGUGAGGCAGACGUGCUAACCACUCAGCCACCGUGCCGCCUUGACGACACUCAAUCUCCAAUUAAUUUUUACUGGUAGGGGCGAAUGAACCUCAAUCAAAAUUAAUUGGACGUAUCGCGCCGUCAAUGGCACUUUAACAUGAGCAUUCAAAACCAGUCCUCCCUGUUUAAAUGAAUUGGACGUCUAGCAUCGUCACUGGCAGCCAAUGAGUUAAGAAAGACACUAAUUUGUUUAGAAGACUGUUGCAAUAAUAUAGUGUCACUGUAUUUAUUUUCAGAAAUGUUGCACUGAAAUAUUCGCAUAGUCUGUGAGGGAGACAAAAGUUUUUGGCAGAUUGUACGCAACAGUGCAACAAAUAAACAUUGCCUAUUUUUCUACUUAGAAAUAGCUUGUUCGUCUCUUUAUUAUUUAUUAUUUUUUAUGUUGGAUGAUCAUAGUUAUCGUCAGCUUUUUUUCGUAUCGUAUCGAGAGGUACCUCUAGUCAAUGAAAUACAGUGAUCCCUCGCUACUUCGCGCUUCAAACUUCACGCCCUCAGUCCAUCGAGGGUUUUUUUUUUUUCAAUUAAAAAAUAAAUAAAUAUUAAAUAAAUAAAUACAUGUGAGCCGUCCUGUAGUCUUACUCUACUGUACCUCCUGCUGCUUUUCAUUGGUCAGGCAGUGCACUGGAGUUGCUUAUUUAAGUUAACAAUGAUUGACAGACAUUUAUUGUUUGAUUUUGCCACAGAUGCUUUGAAGCCGAAGCUUCAAAGCGCCGCAUGCGUCAAUCAGCGUUUAACUUGUUAAACAGUUGCUGUGGCAACUCAUUGUGUGUAAGUGAGCAGCUUGAGUUGAUUUGAGUGGAUUCACUCAAUGAAGCAUUUGAUAAAGACAAUCAUUUUUCUACUUUAUUCUGGCGCCUUCUAGGGUACUGAAUGGGGAGAGUAGCUGAGAGCUGUCAUGACAUAACAUCGCUUCAAUGAUAUCUGGCGACGUGAAUGGGUAUAACGUCUCGACCGCGAAUAUAAGACGAUCCCCUCUUUUUCAGUCUUAUUUCAAUGCAAAAAACGCCGCCUUAUAUUCGGGCCAAUACGAUAUAUACGGUAUAUACUGUAUAUACACAUACAUACAUCAAACUUGUUGUUUGUUUUGUUUUUAAUUGCGCCGUCUAGCUGCGGGAUUUUGCAUUCAAAUAUGCAGGCACUUUUAUUUCUAAUAGAAAAACUCCAACACUACACUGUAGGUGAAAUUGAACCUGUCUUUAUAGUAGCCUAGAAGUAGUACGUAAACUAUUCAGCAUGCAUGUGUCGUGCCAUUGUGCACGCCUCAUGUGGAGAAAAAGCGCGCGUCUGACAAAUUUGGACUGAAACGGCUGUUUUUGAAUGGGACAAACAAAAUAAGAUCCUCAGCAACCCCUGGUGUGAGUAACUUCCAGCACCCCUGAUAAAACUGCACCUAUGCUGUUGUGUGUGGAUAAUAAUAUUCCUACAAACGAGGUGGUAUGUACGUAGAUUUUUUUUUCUUGAUGGAGGAGGCAAAAUACUGCCCUGCUACAUGUGCACAAGGCCUAACUUGAAAAACAUUUCCUUCUGUUAUUGCUUUCAUUUUCGGAAAGAAAAUCAAAGGCUUCACAGGGAAACACUUCUGUUUGAACACAAUAUCAAAACACAGGUACUGUGUCAGAUGACGGAUGAGAAAUCUGCUGGGAGUGAGUGCACCUGCCAAUGUUUGCUCACUCAAUCCAGUAAGACUUUGCACAUGAAAGCAGAUGGGUUUAUGAGAACUACGAAUCCUGAGUGAUGUUAAAAAUUGUGGAAAUGUUUUUGAUUUGUUUCUGCUCGGGAAGUCAGGGUUGAAACGAUCUCUCUUGGGGUAAAAUCUGGCACAGGGCUGGGUGAUGCUGAUUGAAAUACUGCAGACAUGGAUCCUGUUAAUCAAAAAACGCCGGUUUGCAUCAACUAAAUAGAAAGUCUUUGUGCUUUGGUUUUAUUUUCUUUUAUUCUUUUGUGCUUGUAGAUCAAGAUAGUCCAUUAAACAAAUUGGGUCAUAAAUAUAGUCAUGUCUGCAGUGGUUCUCAUGCCCAAGUCAAGAGGGGCACAAACAAUAUCGGGGCAGCUGUACUAAAAGUACUGUUGUCACAAUACUAAAAUUUUCAACUCCAUAUCGAUGGUAAAAAAAAAAAAAUACUCGAUAUUCUAUAAAUAAAAAACCCAAAAUUAAAUGCAAACUGUUUCACUGUUUAUGCAAUAGUGGUCAUUAUUUUUGACAGGGGAAAAAAGUCCUCAAAUGGCCCCCAAAUUAACAGGAAGUAACCUGGGAAUCAGAAAAAGACUCGAAAUCAACAGGAAGUGAUCUGGAAAUGCCUCAGAAUCAACAAGAAGUGACCAAUGCACCGGAGGUGACCCAGAAAUGCCCUAAAAUCAACAGGAAAUGAUCCAAAAUGUACAAUGUACAAAAUGUACAAGAUGUGACCCUGGAAUGCCCCAAAACCAAGGGCGUAGGUUUGCAUAGGGACGGUAGGGACAUAAUACUACCAACUUUUCAGGAUGCUCAAAUUGUCCCCAUCAACUUUUAAGGCAACCUUAUUUGCAUUAUAUAAUAAGUUCAGUUAUACUGGUAAUUUAGAUUGUCUCCCCAUAUGUUGUAAGGAUAUACUGUAAUUGACCCUACCAUUAUUAAGUGAAUUAUUUUAAAUUUUGUUCAGACUUACAUUUACCCCUUUUUACUGCUGAGUGUGCCAGUCCAUUUUUCCCCUCAAAUGCACGUUUGAUUGGCUGAUGACUCACAAACACACGCACUCACAGCCCCAGCCCCAUGCCGCCUCCUCCACCCCCUUCGAAGAGGAGGGAUAUUAGAUUUUUUUUUUUCAACCAGCUGCAGCAACUUUAUUUAAUGUAGAAAGACAUCAAUGUUGUGGAGGUGGUGAACACACCACUAAUUUUGCUACUGAAAGUCCGACCUGUAUCAGCGUUAGCAUAACAUUAAACUGGUUGAAUUUGUUGACCUCCAAAACUUGAGUAGGAGGCUGCUUAGAAAGAAGUGUCCUCCUGUAUGUAUUUUCUACUGUUAACGUUAAUCAAACUGUGAGAAAUGUAGUGAACCGAGGUUUAUCCCUUUCUCCCCAAUUUACCUUUUUAUUUUAUUUAUGUGGUUUUAAAGCAGCCCAAAGCAGAUUUCAUUUUUUUGUUGAGUUUGGCUGUGCUUGUGGACAAAAGCAGUAGUGUCUUACCUGAAGGAAGGUUGAAUUUUUAUCUGUUUUUGUUUAUCCCUGACUAAGAGGUUUUUUGUGUUAUUUCUAAUGUAUAUUUUUAUAUAUUAUAUGAAUGUUAUAUUCAUUUCUCAACAAUGUUGAGUGGUCUUAAGCGAAAUGUUUAUUUUUUGCAUUCCUGAAUAGUUAAGAUAUUAUUAACAAGUUUGUAUUUAUUGUGUAUUUUAAUAUAAUUUGAGUUAUGUUCAAAUAUUGAAAUCUAAAUUUGCUAAUUAAAUCCAGACAUUUAUACUGGAAGUUUUCAAACUGUUUCUUUAGUAGAUUUUAAAAACAAAUGUUUGAAUGGAACAGUGUAUCACCUGAACCAAUACAUAUGAAAUUUAGUAUAAACAGAUGUAUUUUGCCUUGAUUAUUUGGCCUAUCAAUUAAUUAGGUUUAUUUUAGUGAGAAAUGUAGCCCUGACCCCCAUUCACCCGAUUUUUGUUCUGAUUAAUGUCCAGUCCCCAGCAAAAAGUGUACAUGCAGGUUAUGCUGUUAUAUCGUCCCUACCAACAAUGAGACCAAACCUACGCCCUUGCCCAAAACAUACUUGAAAUGACCCAAAAUCAACACGAAGUGACCGAUAAGUACCAUAAAAUUACCAAGGAGGUUACUAAAAGUCGAUUCAUUGCCUGCCACUGACAACUACAGUCAUCAAAUUCGUUUAAACUGGGAGGGCUGUGAAUGCUCAUCUUUCAGGGGAGUUUGCCUUUUGCAGUCAAAAUUAAUAGGACUGUCAAUGGCAGCCGAUGAGCUAACAAGGAAAAUGCAAAACUACCUGCCAUUAUCCUUACUAUGAAGAGUAGAGCAAAAUCAAAUUAUAUCAAAUAACAGAGCAUCGAUACUUUUGCAAUCAAAUAUCGUAUCUGGAUGCAACAUUUGUGUAUCAUAACUUCAUUACUUUCAACAACCUUAACAGAAAGUAGUGUGAAGCAGCCCUGAUUGGCUAGCUUUGCGUCGCCAUUUGUGCUAUAUUGACAAGUUCAACUCCGCUCUACGUGCCUCAGCAUCAAAGCGUGAUAGUGGGAGUACAGUCUUUCUGCAGGGCUGUUUCCUAUAGAAUACGUCAAGCUUUCGCAUGCUACAGAAACCACGUAACCUCAUGAAUCACUGGAGCUCAAUAAUAGGGCUACCAAGCAACUUUUUCUACGCCUAGAAUAAAUCGGCAAUAUAAACAAGAUGUAUCCAGCAGUCUGAGGCAUGUUAGAAUACGCAUGAGUUCCUAGAGAUUUGAUGGCAAACUUCACUUCCUUGCCGCUUGAAAACACCCAUGCCAAUAUCUGGUCUGACAUUAUAUCUCUGUAUUUUUUUACACCUGCCAACAAAAAUAAGAAAGAAAAUAUUUUUACAUACAUGUAUUUAACCCUUUAUAGGGCACUCAUUGAACUCAUUUGCUGCCCAUGAUGGCACCCGACAUCCAGUCCCUUUGGACCGGGAGGGGCGAAUGAGCAUUCGUUCAUUCACACCUCCCAGUCAAAAUGAAUUGGACGUCUAUCACCGCUAUGGCUAUGGCAGGCAAGGAGUUAAAUGUUAUGAAAUUUUAAAAAAUAAAUGAAUAAAUAAAUAAACAGUUUUAGUGUUUUGGAGGGGCAUAACCAGAGUGUAUUUAUGUUUUUAUUCAUUUUAUUUAGUUUUUAUUUAAAUUGAAUGAAUUCAUCAUUUUAUCUAUUCAUAAAAAAAUAGGUAUAGUAAAUGAUAUUGAAAAAUACUUUUUUUUUUUUUCUUUCUUUUUUUAAACCUGUCCUGUUCAGCUGCCUAGAUACGGAGAAUGGGAAUCUGAGUGUCUUUGUUCGCUGGACAGUUUUAAUGUGCCGAAUGGGAGAUCAGGCCUGAACAAUAUUGGAAAACCCUAUCAUUGCAGUUUUGGGGGGGCUUGCGAUAUAUUGCGAUGUUGAAACUAAAAUAAUUUUCACCACAUAACUUGAAUAGCCAUGUCUGGGAAAGGCCUGAACGAUAUUGGAACGAUUUGAAACAAUUCACAUGUGGUCCCCGGGUCAUGACGUACGUAGUUUGGCCCACAUAAGGCUGUAAGUUGUUUCCGCUAAUUUGUUUGUGUAUGCAUUUGUAACUAAGUUUACAGCUACAGUUUGUGGAGUUACGUGUGAGCGAUUUGCUAUGAGAAUUGUAAAUACGUUAGCUUUUGUAGCAUUUAAGCUAGAUGACUUUUGUUAGGCUAAUAAGGCUAAUUUAAUCUUCUAAAUUUCCAUAUUGAGCAGACUAGAUGGAUGUUUGAACACCAAUUGUUUUGUGUCAAGUGUUUUAUUGUUCAAAUGCGUGUCGUGUUAUAUGUGUUAGAGCUUUAAUUGUCAAAAGUGGAGGAAGUAAAAAGCUUCAAAAAGCACAAUUGCCUUAUUUGAUAUCUGUAAAACUGAACAACUUCAUGUUUCAUGAGGACAAAAUAAGUCAUAUUAAUAAAGUAAAUUAAAAAAUAUGAUACUGUGCGGUACAAUAAGGUACUAUUUAUGCGACAAAAAAAAUUAAUUACUGAAUUAAUUAUAAUUAAAAAUGACUGGAAACAAAAUGGCGGACAAGACUCCGGCGUCGAAAACUCAAAAUCGCGUAAGUCGAGUACGUUGUAACCCGGGGACUACCUGUAUAUUUUUUAAAUUACAAACUCGAUCCUUAUCACGUGAUCAGAUCGAGGACAUCCCUAAAUUAUAUAAUGCCAUUUAAUCCAGGCUUGCUGUAUAUGAAAAGGAUCCAGAAUUUGCACACUUGCUGCAUUUAUGAAGUAAAACAAAAGUUAACAUGUUAAAAAAUUAAAAUUAAAAAAAAAAAAAAACAAUUGCACAUUCUGCAGUGUGACUAUUGCGCAUGUGCACAUUGCGACGUUCAAAUGAUAUAUUGUGCAGGCUUAACUCCCAUCAUGGUUGUUUAUAUUGUGUUGAUCAUUCAGAGAAAGCACCUGGGCGGAAAAGCGUUUUGGGGUUACAGAGAGAAAGGAAGAACAAGAAGAAGAACAGAAGAAAUAGUGGUAAGGGAAAAAAACACCAUUCACAUACAGUUCAAUACAGUGGUACCUCUAGUUAUGAAAUGAAUUGGUUCUGCAAGUAGUUUCGUAACCUGAAAAUUCCGUAUAUAAAUAUAAUUGGAUCACAAGUGCACCACUACAUUCAUAGGUACGGUGCUGGCCAAAAGUAUUGGCACCCCUGCAAUUCUGUCAGAUAAUGCUCAAUUUCUCCCAGAAAAUGAUUGCAAUCAGGCUUUGGUGGUGAUAUCUUCAUUUUUUUUGCUUGCAAUGAAAAAACACAAAAGACACUGGGAAAAAAAUUAAAUCGUUAUCAUUUUACACAAAACUCCGAAAAUGGGCCAGACUUAAGUAUUGGCACGCUCAGCCUAAUACUUGGUAGCACAACCUUUAGACAAAAUGUCUGCGAACAACCACUUCCGGUAUCCAUCAAUGAGAUUCUCACAAUGCUCUGCUAGAAUUUUACUCCAUUCUUCUUUGGUCAACUGCUCCAGGUCUCUGAGAUUUGAAGGGUGCCUUCUCCAAACUGCCAUUUUUCAGAUCUCUCCACAGUUGUUCUAUGGGAUUCAGGUCUGGACUCAUUGCUGGCCACUUUAGAAGUCUCUAGUGCUUUCUCUCAAACCAUUUUCUAGUGCUUAUGAAGUGUGUUUUGGGUCAUUGUCCUGCUGGAAAACCCAUGGCCUCUGAGGGAGACCCAGCUUUCUCACACUGGGCCCUACAUUAUGCUGCAAAAUUUGUUGGUAGUCUUCAGACUUCAUAAUGCCAUGCAAACGGUCAAGCAGUCCAGUGCCAGAGGCAGCAAAGCAACCCCAAAACAUCAGGGAACCUCAGCCAUUUGAUUGUGGGGACCGUGUUCUUUUCUUUGAAGGCCACUUUUUUUCCCUGUAAGCUCUAUCUUGAUGCCUUUUCCCACAAAGCUCUACUUCUGCCUCAUCUGACCAGAAAACAUUCUUCCAAAACAUUUUUGGCUUUCUCAGGUAAGUUUUGGCAAACUCCAGCCUGGCUUUUUUAUGUCUCUGGGUCAGAAGUGGGGUCUUCCUGGGUAUCCUACCAUAGAGUCCCUUUUCAUUCAGACGCCGUCAGAUAGUACGGGUUGACACUGUUGUACCCUCGGACUGCAGGACAGCUUGAACUUAUUUGGAUAUUAGUCGAGGUUCUUUAUCCACCAUCCGCACAAUCUUUCGUUGAAACCACUCGUCAAUUUUUCUCUUCCGUCCACAUCUAGGGAGGUUAGCCACAGUGCCAUGGGCUUUUCACUUACUGAUGACACUGCGCACGGUAGACACAGGAACAUUCAGGUCUUUGGAGAUGGACUUGUAGCCUCGAGAUUGCCCAUGCUUCCUCACAAUUUUGCUUCUCAAUUCCUCAGAGAGUUCUUUGGUCUUCUUUCUUUUCUCCAUGCUGAUGUGGUACACACAAGGGCACAGGACAGAGGUUGAGUCAACUUUAAUCCAUUUUAACUGACUGUAAGUGUGAUUUAGUUAUUGCCACCACCUGUUAUGUUCCACAGGUAAGUAACAGGUGCUGUUAAUUGCACAAAUUAGAGAAGCAUCACAUGAUUUUUCAAAGGGUGCCAAUACUUUUGUCUGGCCCAUUUUUUGAGUUUUGUGUAAAAUGAUAAUGAUUUUUUUGCCCCCAUUCUCAUUUGUGUUUUUUCAUUGCAAGCAAACAAAUGAAGAUCCAUCCAUCCAUCCAUUAUCUUCCGCUUGUUCCGGGGUUGGGUCGCGGUGGCAGCAGCUUUAACAGGGAAGCCCAGACUUCCCUCUCCCCAGCCACUUCAACCAGCUCCUCCGGCGGGAUCCCAAGGCGUUCCCAGGCCAGCCGCGAGACAUAGUCUCUCCAGCGUGUCCUGGGUCGUCCCCGGGGCCUCCCGCCGGUGGGACAUGCCCGGAACACCUCUCCAGGGAGGCGUCCGGGAGGCAUCCGAACCAGAUGCCCGAGCCACCUCAGCUGGCUCCUCUCUACGCGGAGGAGUAGCAGCUCGACGCCGAGUCCCUCCCGGAUGACCGAGCUUCUCACCCUAUCUCUAAGGGAGAGCCCGGACACCCUGCGGAGGAAACUCAUUUCGGCCGCUUGUAUCCGGGAUCUUGUUCUUUCGGUCACGACCCAAAGCUCGUGACCAUAGGUGAGGUAGGAACGUAGAUCGACUGGUAAAUCGAGAGCUUUGCCUUUCGGCUCAGCUCCUUCUUCACCACUACGGACCGGUGCAGAGUCCGCAUUACUGCAGACGCCGCACCGAUUCGCCUGUCGAUCUCCCGCUCCCUCCUACCGUCACUCGUGAACAAGACCCCAAGAUACUUGAACUCCUCCACUUGGGGCAGGAUCUCAUCCCCGACCCGGAGAGGGCACUCCACCCUUUUCCGACUGAGGACCAUGGUCUCGGAUUUGGAGGUGCUGAUCUUCAUCCCAACCGCUUCACACUCAGCUGCGAACCGCUCCAGUGAGAGUUGGAGGUCACGGCUUGAUGAAGCCAACAGCACUAAAUCAUCUGCAAAAAGCAGAGAUUCAGUCACCAAACCGGACCCCCUCAACGCUUCGGCUGCGCCUAGAAAUUCUGUCCAUAAAAAUUUUGAACAAAAUCGGUGACAAAGGGCAGCCUUGGCGGAGUCCAACCCUCACUGGGAACGAAUUCGACUUACUGCCGGCAAUGCGGACCAGACUCUGACACCGGUCGUUCAGGGACCAAACAGCCCUUACCAAGGGGCUCGGUACCCCGUACUCCCGGAGCACCCUCCACAGGAUUCCCCUAGGCACACGGUCGAACGCCUUCUCCAAAUCCACAAAACACAUGUAGACUGGUUGGGCGAACUCCCAUGCACCCUCGAGGACCCUGCUGAGGGUGUAGAGCUGGUCCACUGUUCCACGGCCGGGACGAAAACCACACUGCUCCUCCUGAAUCCAAGAUUCGACUUCCCGACGGACCCUCCUCUCCAGUACCCCUGAAUAGACUUUACCGGGGAGGCUGAGGAGUGUGAUUCCUCUAUAAUUGGGAUACACCCUCCGGUCCCCCUUUUUAAAAAGGGGGACCACCACCCCGGUCUGCCAAUCCAGAGGCACUGUCCCCGAUGUCCACGCGAUGUUGUAGAGGCGUGUCAGCCAUGACAGCCCUACAACAUCCAGAGCCUUUAGGAACUCCAGGCGGAUCUCAU